GGGUUAUGAUUUCUGAGAUAUAGAAAUGUAAUUUGAAGAUAUUUGAAUCAAUAACGGUGUGCACACCGGGUUUUCAAGUUGUUUUUAUACUGUUAUAUUUAUACUUUGUUUGAUAUUAUCAGUAUUAUGCUGAAAGUAUCCAUGUGUGCUUGUUUAUAGUCAGUGUGCUACUUAACACUCAAAUCCUGCACAUUUGAGAUGCUGGAACCAGCAAAUAUUUGGAUUUUUAGCUUUAAAAAAUUACUAAGCAGCACAUUGAUUAUCAAAGUAGUUGCUGAUUCAUUUUCUGUCGGUUUUCUGAUUGAUGGACUAAUUGUUGCAGCUCUAAUGGACACUAUAUAUAUAUAUAUAUAUCACACUUCGCUGAAAAGUCCAUCCGCAGUGAUUGGAGACUGGAGGCUUCAAUUUUCCACAUCACAAUUGUGUUCUUACUCCCAAUACUUCAAAUACUGCAGCUUGGUCAGUACUCCUCGGCGCCUGACACUGAUGUACGAAGACACAGUUUAGCGCUUGUGCGACUAACUCCAAUGUAAAAAACAGGACGCUGUUCGUGUCCCGUGCGUAACCAAAAGUUAAUGUUAAUAUUUUGUUAUUCAGUCGUUAGUCACGUGACUCGAUAGUUAGUGAAAUUAACGUCAACCACCCUCUUUUCCUGAACCAAACUAAGUGAUUUUGAUGCCCUAAACCUAACGUCUUCUUUUUUUUUUUGAAGACACUAUGCAUGUAACAAGCGUAUACGUGAUGUUAGUGGGGUACGUAAAGCGUCCAAGAUGCGGCAUACUGGACCAUGAUUGGCUAACAAACUAUUUGAGAUCACACCAAUCACACUUUGAGGCAAGCAAAGAGAAACCUUCCCCCCUCCAGCAGAUAACUGUAGAAAUGGCCUUCUGGCAUCAAACUCUGCACAAACGUCAUUCUGCACAGUGAAGCUCAAGCGUCCAAGAAAUCAAAUUCAAAAAACAAUGGUAUUAUCUGAGAAAUGCAUUGUGACAAAAACGAAAACAGCACUGUCUUAAGCUCACGAAACAUUGACAGGUUGGAGACACAUGCAGUGACUAAAAGCUGCAGCUGCAGGCCGUUCCGCUGAACAGUGACGACACAUGUCUCCAAGCGAAACAGUGUCCGUGUGGUUUAAAAGCAGCCUGUUGAUGGGCAGUGUGCUACCAGUGGGCGCUCGCCCUCUCCCCUGCUCUGCUGUAGCCCUGGACGGGGCUGGUCCUCUACCGGGGACUCUGUGUGGCGAUUGGAGAUUCCAGGCCGGGCCCCCGAGCCUCCCCCCUCUGACACACUUUCCGCGCUGCACCACCGGCAUGACUUUCAUUUCUCUCCAAGGGCGGGUGGUGCACCUUCAGGAAAAACCAAACAAAUAUGGAGGCUGUAGGAGUGCAAGUGUACAGACCCUGCUCAUUUGACUGUUUCGGCCCGUCGGACCAGCACGGCUCCUCCAAGCCCCCGCUGAGCUCCUCGGCCAUGACAUCGCGCAUCCUGUUGCGGCAGCAGCUGAUGCGGGAGCAGCUUCAGGAGCAGGAGCGCCGGGAGCACCAGAGACAACGAGCUUCCCAGUACCCACAAACCACGGCGGGCCAGACCCCUGCCAUCAAUGUCAGUGUCCCGCCUGCAUCCCAGGUGCCAAUGGAGGUGCUCAAGGUCCAGACCCAUCUGGAGAACCCAACCAAGUACCACAUCCAGCACUCCCAGCAGCAGCAGGUGAAGCGGUACCUGGGAAAGCUUGGCUCUCAGGUGUUGAGCUUGCCCUGCCACAACCAGUCCUCUGACUACGGGGGCAUGCCGCCAGGGCUGGGCAACAGCGCCCCCAACAGCCCUAUGGCCUUACUGACCCUGAACUCCAACUGUGAGAAAGAGAUGGAUGAUGUCAUUGAUGACAUCAUUAGUCUGGAGUCCAGUUACAGUGAUGAUAUCCUGGGCUUGAUGGACCCAGGACUCCAGAUGGCUAACACGAUCCCCGUGAAUGCUAACCUCAUGGACAUGUAUGGUAAUCAAGGUAUGUCCCAGCAAGGUCUGCCCAUCAGCAACUCCUGCCCUGCCAACCUCAAAAGGGAAUACUCUGUGUCACAAUCCCCGGCCAUCAUGCACAUGCUGGAUAAGUCUGGAUCCUGCGGCAACUAUCAAAGGCCUGAAGGGUUCCCUGUGGCUGAAGUAAGAGCAAUGGCAAAGGAAAGGCAGAAGAAAGAUAACCAUAAUUUGAUUGAGAGAAGACGACGGUUUAACAUCAAUGAUCGAAUCAAGGAACUGGGAACUUUAAUUCCCAAAUCGAAUGACCCGGACAUGCGCUGGAACAAAGGCACAAUCCUGAAGGCAUCGGUGGACUACAUCAGGAAACUACAGCGGGAGCAGCUGAGGGCCAAGGAGCUGGACAGUCGCCAGAAGAAGCUCGAGCAUGCCAAUCGACAUCUGAUGUUGAGGAUACAGGAGUUAGAGAUGCAGGCCCGGGCUCACGGUCUGGUCAUCACGUCUUCAGCGCUCUGCUCUGCUGACCUUGCGCCCCGGUCCAUAAAGCACGAGACCGCUCUGGAGGACUGUCGCCAGGACCUGUACACGCUCCACCCCCAUCACCAACACCACCCGGCCUGCACUCCAGAACCGCCCGGCGCCCUGGAGCUCAACGAAGCCCACUCCAACUUCCCAGAGGGUCACUACAGCAUUCACGGCAAGCCGGGCUCCAAACUCAACGACAUCCUCAUGGAAGACACCCUAUCCCAAGACAACCUAUCCCCGGUGAGAGGGGGGGACCCUUUGCUCUCGUCCCUCUCCCCAGACACCUCAAAGGACAGCAGUCGCAAGAGCAGCGUAAGCAUGGAUGAGAAUGAUGAGUGCUGUUAGCAGCCCCUACUGGACGACACCUCGCCUGCAUCUCCACCCUGCUGCAAGUGUCCCUGUCAGCAGCUAACACACUCCCAGCUGCUCGAGAGGCUUUCUCCUGUUUGUGUCAUUUGUUUUGUUGUGUUUUUUUUCUCCCCCACCCAUGUUUACAUGUAUUGAAUCUUUUCCAUUCGUAUUAUUAUUUUUUUGUGAUAUCUUUGCCUUUUCAAGCCUUCAACCUUGAUUUCAAGGACUGAUUCUAAAGUGUGUUUGCUUUAAUCAAUACUUUGAUGACAAUGGGUUGCAAGAAAACGUUUUUAUAUUUAAAAAAAACAUGCAGUCAACUUUGAAUAGAGGCUAGAUUGUGUUUAUUUCUAUUGAUUCCAAAGAAUCUAGGGAAGUUAUAAAUCACGGUCAGAAAAUGUAGAUAUUUUUUGUUUAGAUGAACACUGCUUUUUAAAUCUCUAGCAAUAAUAGGAGAAAGAAAAAUCUAUUUAUUACUAUAGUGCUUUACACUCCUUGUGUCUUAGAUUGAACUUGAAUGUGCCAAUGCCUUAUUAAGAUGUGUAUACAUCAAUGUUGUAUUGCUAUGCACAUUCUUUGGCUGUUAAGUCUUUGUCAGUCUUCCAGUUGAAAUGUAUUCCUUGAUGAAUAUUAAUCAUUUGUAGAUUUGAUCUUAUUUAUGUAUCUGUUAUGUACACAUUCCCCAAAAAUGUAUUUAUAACAAGGCAUUUAAAAGAGCCUCUUUGAAACGACUGAGAUAAGAAAUCAAAGCACAUUAAGAAUAGGAAGCUAAUAAGUCUCCUUUAGGAUAAUUAAAACGAACAGAAUCAGCCUUGAUAAUGGCUGAUUGUAAUCUUUAAUUCAGUGUCAUAAUGAGCAAGAAGCUACACAACAAGUCAAGUUUCAACACACUGAUGCAUCCUAUAGCCAUCCAGUGCUGACUGCUCAGUAGCGUGUGCCAGAUAUUUUAUCAAUAAUCAUUCUUCACUGCCAAAACCACAUAAAUAUAUACUUUGUUUUUAAAAUGCAGUCUCAAAACUAGCAGAAUUGUAGUUCAAAUCAAAAAGAAAAAGCCUGUUGUGGCCCUGACACCCGCACAAUAAGCUGAUUCUGCUUGAUAGAUCCGAUUGUUACGUAAAGAUGAAGAUGAAUCAGUUACGUUUUUAUUGUAUUCUUGUCUGUAGUGAUCAGAACUGGUAAAUUGCUACUAUUUCAGCAGACUCAGACAUGUGUGGAUGCAAGUGCUGAGUUUUUAUAUAAUUGUCCAUUUCCUAAAUUAUUAUUAUAAUUUUUUUUGUUUUUUUACACCACUGUGGUGACAUUUCACAACCAGGAUGUUUUUUUUUCCUCCAUUAUGUGAACAUUUAUAUUUCCAAGGAGUAAAAGGAGACUGCUUUGGGAUUUUGUAUGACAUGCAUGACAUUGUCAAAACACUGAAAUGACCUCUAUAAUUUGAAACGUGGUUUGUUCACCUUUUUUUUUAUCAAAGCAUAAACUAUUGUAUUUGCCUUUUCAAACGCAUACAGAAUAUUGUAUGAGAUUGUAGAUUCUUUAUGGCGUGUAUGGUUGUUGUAUAUUUCAGCAGUUUGUUUUCAACAGUUGUAGCACAUUGCAUCAGUAUGCCUUUGUUUAUAACUAUCUGCCAUACAUUGAGAGCCCUGUUACAGCACAACCUCCAUUUUGUUAAACUAUGCAAUGGUUGAUGUUGUGCCUGCAGAGCGGCAUCAUGUCUCGACAAUGUGAUGUCCUUAGGAAUUAGCCUAAAACAGUGUCAAAGUAAUUCUCUUUUUAAUUGAUUUAAGUGCCUUACAGUCCUUUCUGUUACCCUGGUGAUGUUAGUGGAGUUAAAAGAGUGAUGCAAAAAUGUUGUUGAUGUUUAUACUGGUGUUUGGUGCUUCAUGUAUUAGCUGAAGAGUGCCAAAGUACUUCAGAAAGCAGUAGGAAAGGGCCGUUAAUCGGUACAAGAUUACACUACCCUCUCGGACUCGAGCCACAAGAAGUGGUUUGUUAUGAUGAAACCCCAAAGUGUUCAGUACUGAAUUAAGGCAUUAUGAAAUAAAUUAUCAUAAGGGUAAAUACAGUCAAAUUCAUAAAGUGAAUUCUGAAAUAAUUGAAUAUAUUAUUUCAAACCAUAAUCAAUAAUAAAUGUUAUUUCAUUAUUAUUGUUUUCAUAUGAAGUGUUUUAUUUAUUUAAGUCUGUACAGAAUUUUUUUAUUUUUAAAGUGCCCUUUUUCUUGCGUAAUAAUGGCAUAAUCCCCAAUGACACUUUUAUUUCAAGAUUGUCACCACCCCUUCACACUUACAGGCAGUCACUGGAUCCUCUCUGUACAGACUGGGCAACAGCCACAAGCUCCUGUUAGCUAGAGCAACCACAAUGCUAAAGCUAACACUAGAGGCUGUAGCAACGGACAAAGUAACAAACUGCUGCUUUACUUUAGCACAACAUGGCUACCAAUGCUACCCAGCUAACUAGCUAGGUCGGCUUGUGACCUUUGAUUGUAUGGAGCCAGUGUUAACAGUAGCAUCUAACUCAUUCUUUCAGAGUUACCGUGGCAGUUAUUUUUCAGAGAAAGAAACAUUAUUAUGAAGAGCAAAAGCAUCAAUGUGUGUGUGUGUUUGUGAUAAGCAACAGGAGCUACCUAGCCAGCAGGCAGUUGUUCCUGCUGAGAGGGUCAUGUGAUAACAUUUAAAAAAACUAAAAGAAGUGUCAUUGGGGAAAGUGCAAUGCUAUGAAAAUAAGAAUGAUGAAGCAACCUUUUAUAGUGAGCUGAGUUUUGAUAAGUUGUAAAAUGAUUUCACUAGCGGAAAUAUAACAACAGUUAGAUGGACUGCCAUGACUUUUUGUACAGAAAUGCAUGGUGCCCAGUGGAUGAAUCCUAAUUAUUAGGGUGAUCCUCUGACCUUUCAUCUAGCACCACCAGCAGGUUGACAUUUCUGGCUGUCAUUGAAAUGUCCUGUGCCUCACAGAGCCGCUAGCAUGGCUAUAGCCUCCAAAUCUUGUAUUAUUUUACUUGUUUAUUCAUAUGAUUAUUUAAUUCAUAAUGUCUCUAUGUAUUUUAUGUAUUUAAUAUUGAACACAUUGGCGUGGUUGUUCAUGUUGUUUUAUGUUUAUUAAGGUCAAACUCUACACUGAAGGGGAUGUUUCCAAAGUUGUGCUGAAUAUUCAAUAUCCGUUUGAGACUAGUGUGAAUGUAGUUCAAUGUGAUGACUGCCAAAAUGCGUUGCCAAAAUUAGAUGCAUAAUACGUUUAUUUAAAAGGUAUAAACAGCAGUUUUUUUAACAGCUUAGCUGAUCCACCUGUUAGUGAUGUUUAUCUUCCGUAAUGACAAGCAAUACCUAAAAUAUGAUUUCAAUCAGGCCUUUGCAGAAGUUAAUUCCCAUCUUUGGAAACAGUAGUUUGAAAGAAAGAAAAAACUGAAGAUAUACUUAAUAAUUGCUUUUCUGGAGCUUUCAACUGCAUCCCACAGUCUUCAUCAGCAGAUGGAGAAAGCUCAGCUGUCGUCACAUGACUGUGAAAUAGUGUGAAACUCCUGUCGAUGUGUUUGAAAGCCUAGAACAAGCUAGUAAGUGGACCUUGAGUUGAUUUUCUUUUGUUUUUGCCAUGGGUGAAUUACAAUAGAGUGGACUGCUGAAUGGCCUUCAUGGUUACACCAAUGCCAGCUACUGAGCCUUAAUUAAUUGUGCAAUAGACACAGGUAACAUUGCCCUUUGACUGAACCCAAAUAAGCUUUAUUUUGUAAUGGAACAUGAAUCAUCUGAACCCCUGAAAUGUGACAGGUUAGAAUGAACCUGAUGGUGGUGGCACAUCAUUUAAAGCCAUCACUAUGACCGAUUCCUCUUAAUGGAUCUUCCAGCUAUUCAUUAUUAUGGCACAUUAUGGGUAAACCACUAAUGAAGAACCAUGUUAGCUCAGUUUAGAUCUCUUCUGCUUAGUCUCAUUCCUGUGGUUUAUACAGACAAUGUUUUCUGCUGAUGUUGCUACUGUUCUUAUUGUUACAGCUUAUAUGAAAUGAAUGUAGCAAUAGUUACUGUACACAUUGGUUUCAGAGUUAGUGAACUCAAACUCAUUGGUACUCAAUGUGGAAACUAUCUUGUGAGAAAUAUUAAAAGUUUUAUUUGAA